GGAGAGGCCGGCUCAGGGCUGGAGCUCGAGUGCAAUCAAGUGACUCUGGGCGGGCAGCGCCGGGCUCCUGUGUCGUUCGCACGUCUGGGCUCGCGUGGCCAGGGCUGUGCCUGGGCGUCGGUCAUGCCUCACCGGGCGCUCUUGGCUUUCCUGCUUCUGCAGCCGCUGCUGACUGCCGGGGAGCUCAGUGUGCAGACUAACAGAACAUUUGAGAUAGACUACAAUGGUGACCAGUUUCUCAAGGAUGGCAAGCCAUUCCGCUACAUCUCUGGGAGCAUCCAUUACAACCGCAUACCUCGUUUCUACUGGAAAGAUCGUCUUCUCAAGAUGAAGAUGGCAGGACUUAACGCCAUCGAAACAUUACCUCGCAGCAGUGGAGAGGUGGUUGGGAAUCCUUCUGCCUAAGAUGCAGCCUUACCUCUAUCAAAAUGGAGGACCGAUUAUAACAGUUCAGGUGUCAACGUAACAGAAGCCUUUCUGGUCCAGAGGAUGGCUGAGCCCAGAGGACCCUUGAUCAAUUCAGAGUUCUACACUGGAUGGUUAGACCACUGGGGUGAAGCUCACCAGACAGUCAGCACCAAAGAACUUGUCGACUCUUUAAUUGACAUCCUUUCCCAGGGCGCCAAUGUUAACCUGUACAUGUUUAUAGGUGGGACCAAUUUUGGCUUCUGGAAUGGAGCCAAUACACCUUAUGCACCACAACCUACUAGUUAUGACUAUGAUGCCCCAUUGACUGAAGCCGGGGACCUCACGGAGAAGUACUUUGCUCUGAGGGAAGCUAUUGGAAAGUUUGAAAAACUACCAGAAGGACUUAUUCCUCCAUCAACCCCCAAGUUCGCCUAUGGAAAAGUUGCUAUGAAGCAGUUAAAUACCGUGGAAGAGACUCUUGAUAUUUUGUCCCCUGCUGGACCGAUAAAUAGCACCUACCCCUUGACCUUUGUCGAGGUGAAACAGUAUUUUGGCUUUGUACUAUACCGAACAACACUUCCUAAAAAUUACAGGGAACCGGUGCCCCUUUCUUCCCUCAAUGGAGUCCAUGACCGGGCCUAUGUUUCUGUGAAUGGGGUUCCCCAAGGAAUUCUGGAGAGAAACAAAGUGUUAUCUAUAAAUAUAACUGGAGAAGCUGACGAUACCCUGGAUGUGCUUGUAGAAAACCUGGGCAGAGUCAACUACGGAUCCGACAUCAACGAUUUUAAGGGUCUGGUUUCCAAUUUAACCCUGGGGUCAGUUAUACUCACAGACUGGUUGAUAUUCCCACUGGAUAUGGAGGGUGCACUGCAGCAUUAUCUGAGCACCAAUGCAACAUUCAGUGAUUAUGCUUCCAACUCGACUCUCCCAUCUUUCUAUGUUGGUCAGUUUUCCAUUCCUGAUGGAAUCCCUGACUUGCCUCAGGACACCUAUAUCCAGUUUACCAAUUGGACCAAGGGACAGGUAUGGAUCAACGGCUUCAACCUUGGCCGCUACUGGCCAGCUCGGGGCCCCCAGUUCACCUUGUAUGUUCCAAGACACAUCCUGGUCACAUCUGUCCCGAACAACAUCACUGUGCUGGAACUGGAGAAAUCUCCAUGUAAUUUCCAGGGGAAAUGUUUUGUGGAGAUGGUGGACAAGCCUGAGAUUGAUGGACCCCUGUUCUCUUCAGGGAAUGAGGUGGUCAAUUCAUCUUGAAGGCUGGAUGGUCCAUGAUGCCUUCAGAAGGACCACCUUCUUGGAAUUUUGACUUUGUAUAGAACCCAAUGAAUCUGGCCUAAAAUCUAAUUUUACCCUGGCUGAUUGGAAAAUCCUGUGUGUGCCUCUGCGUGUGUUUGUGUGGUUGUGCAUGCGUGUAUAUUAAUUGUUAGGGUUGGUUUUACUUGUUGCCUUGUGAAUUAAAAUCGUAAGCUCCCUGUGGGAAAGAACCAAGCCUACCCAACAAUGACACGAACCCUGGAGUGCCUACUGCCUCUACAGGGUCUCGCACCCUGUGGGCGCCCUAUGAAUGUUUCAUAUCACUGAUCAUGGUAAUGGGAUAAGAAAGCACACACCCAGAGUGUUUUCUUUUGCCUGAAGUAUUUUUCUGAUUUAUUUACAGGGAAGAAUUGUGUUCCCUGAAUAAAAUUUCUACUUAUUUCAUCAA